CCCAAGAUGGGACAGAAAAGAAGCCAUUGCAAAGCACCCAGUUACAACUACACUCAAUGUCAUCAAGAGGCCGUUAUUUAUUUAUUUUUUUGUGUGUGUGAUUGUUUUUAUUUGUUUCUAUGCUGGGCCAUCAAAUUGUUGCUUUAUGUGAAAACGGUCCUUAGUGCAAAAAGAUUAUUUAAAAGACAGUUUAAGACAGCGGUCAUCUUAAACUGUCCAGUUUGAAUCCUAAAGGGGCAAACCAAAACAAAAACAUGAGAAGCUGAGAGGCGUAACCACCCUUAUACCCAAGCAGCAACACACCCACCAAGUACCCCCCACCACCACCAACCGCCUCAUUUCUCCUCCUGUGUCCCUCCGGCUGAGCAGCCUCUCGAGCUAAACAACACAGGAUUACCGCUCUCUCGCUAACAUACACAUACACUUUGCGCGUCCAGUUGAUUCUGGUUCCUUUCCUCGCUGAAUCUGUUGAUGCUCUUGUUGCUCCGAAUUGGAGGAGGUUGUAGUCCAAGAUCACGUGUCCUCUUUCUCUCCUUUCUGCCGCCGCUAAUGGAGGACUGGGGUGCGUAAGAGGAGCUAACGAAGACGCCAUUGCCCCACUGCCACCAUGUCUGGCGCCGUCGACGAGUCAGCCAGCCUGGAGGAGAACACUGACAGUUUCUGGGAGGUGGGGAACUACAAGCGUACAGUGAAGAGAAUUGACGAUGGUCAUAGGCUCUGCAAUGACCUCAUGAAUUGCAUCCAGGAGCGAGCUAAAAUCGAGAAAGCCUACUCCCAGCAGCUGACUGAGUGGUCCAAGAGAUGGAGACAGUUGGUGGACAAAGGUCCUCAGUACGGCACGGUAGAACGCGCUUGGAUGUCGCUGAUGAUAGAGGCGGAGAAGGUGAGUGAUCUACAUCAUGAAGUGAAGAACAGCCUGAUGAGCGAGGACUUUGAGAAGGUGAAGAACUGGCAGAAAGAAUCGUACCACAAACAGAUGAUGGGAGGCUUUAAGGAAACCAAAGAGGCAGAUGAGGGAUUCAAGAAGGCCCAGAAGCCCUGGGCGAAAAAGUUGAAGGAGCUUGAGGCCGCCAAAAAGUCAUACCACAUGGCAUGCAAAGAGGAGAAGCUUGCAUCUACCAGGGAGACCAAUGGCAAGAGUGAAUCCUCAGUGACUGCCGACCAGCUGAAGAAACUCCACGAGAAAGUGGACAAGUGCAAACUUGAUUCACAGAAGGCCAAGGAGAAGUAUGAAAAAGCUCUAGACGAGCUCAACAAGUGCACACCUCAGUACAUGGAGAACAUGGAGCAGGUCUUCGAGCAGAGUCAGCAGUUUGAAGAGAAGCGACUGGGCUUCCUCAGGGAGGUGCUGUUGGACAUCAAACGCCAUCUCAACCUCACAGAGGACCAAAGUUACGCAUCAGUGUACCGGGAACUUGAACAUGUCAUCACAUCAGCCAGUGCUCAAGAAGAUCUACAAUGGUUCAACAACAACCAUGGCCCCGGCAUGCACAUGAACUGGCCCCAUUUUGAGGAGUACAACCCGGAGCUUACCCACAGCAUCACGAAAAAGGAAAAGUCAAAGAAAGGCAAUGAUUCCAUCAUGCUGACCAACGUCACAUCAACAGUUGAUCGGUCCCAAGCUGGAGACCAGGGCAGCAUGAGCAGCUACGAGAAGAACCAGGCGCACAGGGCCUCGGACGAGUGGUCAGACGAGGACCAGACAGCACCAAACUCGGCCAGCGACACCAACGGCGGCGCCAACCCUUUUGACGAAGACUCGGCCGGUGGUGUCAGAGUGCGGGCGCUAUACGACUAUGAGGGCCAGGAGCAGGAUGAACUCAGCUUUCAAGCAGGUGAUGAACUGACAAAGCUGGAGGAGGAGGACGAGCAGGGCUGGUGCAAAGGUCGUCUGGACAGCGGUCAGCUGGGUCUCUACCCUGCCAACUACGUGGAGCCGAUCUAACACUCUCACCGCCGUGGUCGCCUGGAAAAACUCUGAACUGAAUUCAAUCGUGGAUGCACAUUGACCACCUCUGCCUUUUCCGAGCACCUAAACUUGGUUCCUCCAUUCCUGGACCAUGCGAAUCCUAAUUUUGCAUUUUUAUGAUACGGUCUUCAAAGCGGUGCCUGGAUGAGCAAGAACGAGCUAUGCAUUGUGCAUUCCUUAUAUAUAUUGACGCUGUUUUUUUUUUGUAACCAUCUGGAUGCUUGUACAGUGUUCAUGCCUCAUGUGUUUUCUGUCAUUGUGAGUUAUUGAUAUACCAAGCCUUAAAGGAAUAGUCUAGUUUGAGAUCAUGACACACCCAGACAGACACUCACAUUCACACCUCUGUCAAUCCAGAACCAUAAGUAUACUGUAAAUGUGAGGCAGACCUGCCAACUACUCGGACAUGUUGCUGCCAAUCACUUACCAUCAUAACUAACCAGCAAAAAUGAAAAUGCAAGUCAACACUUGGCAUGUUUACACUUUUGUGUACUCAACACACAGGGAAUUUAGCAGGUUUAGUAUUUUUGUGCUAUGGCAACUGGGUACAAGAGAUGUUUGUUAUUGUGUCAGUCAUUUCCAAGAUUAUGAUUAGUUUUUUCACUUAUUCUAACAUCUAGCAGGCAAACAUGGUGAAGAUCGGCAGACUCCGAAAUGUUUUCAAAAUACUCGAGGUUCACAAUGCAAAUACAAUCGCCACCUCGCGUUAUGACACAAAGGAGUUAUCACGCCGUAGCCCGUUUGCUGUGUCUGCAAACCUUAGCUAACCAGGCACUAGAGGUUGUCAAUACCUGUAUUAGCUUUGUGAACCUAGCAGUCUCAUGCAUUGUAUUGAGUCUUAAUUGACCCAACGUUGACCUAGCUAUGACAGACCAUGUUUUACAUCUUUGUGCUCAGCGAAGCCAUCCAAGUAGAAAUUAUGAUUUUUAUCAUAGCACAAAUGUACACAUGUAUUUGGUUUUGACUCAUUUUUCCAACAUUUAACACCAGAUGUGUUGGUUCUAUGGUGGACCAUAAAAUGUUGGUAAACCCAAUGGACUUGUUGCUUCUGGCUGACUGGCAAGAACAAAGAGAAGCAAUACUUGCUAGCAGUUUGCAUGUUUUUUGUUUUUUUUGUUUUGUCUUUGUGCUGAGCCAAGUUUAUCAGCAAACAUUUCCACUAUGCUCAUCCCGUGAUUCCUUCCUGUCCUCUGCAUGCUUCCUCCUGUGAAAUAUUGUCACAACUGCGGCACAAAUCUACUGCUAUUGGGUAUAUCUACCCAUUUCAACAUCUAACCAGAUGUCUUGAAAACAUUUGUGAAAUCGAUUGCUUUUUAACUCUCACCAGUAGUCACCUACCAUUACAUUACUACAUACAGUUGUUUUAAUCCAGCAAUGUUUAAUACAAAGAGCGCAGAGGAACAAGACUUGUGGGCAGGUCGCUCAUGUUUUCAACCUUUGCACUAAACUAAGCUGACCAGGAUAUAGCCGUCAUGCACUCACAGCGCAGACAUGAAAAGUCUAAUAGGAACAGCACAAAUGUUUUUAAUUUUCUGAACAUCUCAUGACAGAUGUGUUAAAUCUCUCCGGAUUAAAAAAAUAUAUAUAUGCAAAGUUUUUAAUGCUGACAUGUAGCCCACCUAACAUGCUGAUGGAACGGUAAGGGUAGGAACAUAUACCUGUACCUACGGUAAGCAGGAAAUUUCUCGCUGGAGAGACAGUCACAUUUAACGAGGGAUGAAAGGUUGUAGCCCAUGUUGACUAAUGGUUUAAACAGUGUGUGUUAUCGCACAUUCUAGACUAUUCCUUUAUUGCUUUUCCUGACAUUUUACCCUAUCUCUUCGUGUGCAUUUGGGAGUGGCUCAAGAGUCGAUUUGUUUAGGCUUCUCUUUGGGGUGAAAUCAAGCAAACAGUGAACCGUAUCACUUACCUGAACAACACAUCUUUCAUCUUUCAUUCAGACCAAACAAAAUAUCCCAAACUGGUCGGGUCCCUUACGGCUCACCUCUUCAUUUUGGGGGCUGGGGCUCUGAAUAAAAUCCUGUAAACUGUGGCACUUCAAGUGGGGAGUUUCUUUUCAAAGGGCUUUCUGAGGCAUGCAUUCUGUGUGGAAAAUGACUUUGUGUAUAGUAUAUGUUGGAUAUGAAAUAAUGGAAAGAAGGUUUCAAGGUAGCCUUGCUGUCAGAUGGAUGGUUAUGUUUGAAUUGUUUUGGUUGUUUGUUUAAUUUCAUUUUAUUUGAAACCUUUCUGAUUUUUACUUUUAGUAUUUGUUUUUCUUGUAUUCAGCUUGAACCUUUUUGGGGCGGGGUUUUGUCAGAUUGUAUUUGUUUUUAAUUCGGUUUUAUUGAAUUGUGUUUUAAUUUUAUUUUAAUUUAAUGUUGUUUGUAUUCAUUUUAUUCUGUCUUUGUUGUAGCCCGUUUUUGUUCCUGUUUUAUUGUUAUUAUUUAUUUUAUUCAAUGUUUAUUUGAUGCUGUUUUCUAAUUUUUGUGCUUUGUUUGUGUGUGAUUUGAUUUCAUUCGAGUCUAUUUGGAAUUUUCUUUAAUGUAUGCUAUUUGUAUUUCAUGUCAUUACUUUUAGUUAUGAAAUAUUUAUUUUCUGGUUUUGUUCUAUUUUUGUAUUUUUGUUAAGAUUUCAUUUCAGUUAGAUCUAUUGUAUUUUUGGUUCUCUUUUAUUCUUUUACUUUUUUGUUUUGUCUUUUUCUUCCGUUUUAUUCUAUUGAUUUCAAUUUGGCUCUUCUUUGCGAAACGCUGCUUUUCCGCAUCCAUGACACAAACCACAAAGCUGCCUCCACUCCUCGGGAGCCCCCUUUUUUUCUUGUUUACAAGCAGUUCCAUCACAGAACCUGAUGCACCGCACGGCCUCAACUCAGUUGCCUCCACUUUUGCCCAUCACCUGAGUGCAGACUCGGGCUCACUUAGCCUCAUGUUAAGCGUUGCAUCAGACAGACAGACCUCGUGCGUGAGUAUGUUUGUGUGUUUCACGAGCCUGCUGGGGAGUCUACAAGGUGUCAACGACGAACACGACACCCUGCCUGGUGUUGUCUUACUUUGCGAGCGGCAGAGAAAGCUGCAGAGGAAGCACUGAAAUAUUCAUGAGCUUUUCUUACGCAAGAACUGAGCUAGUUGCCACCGCGUUUACCGACCCCUCGCCAUCCCCGAACAAAAGAAGGGAACCAAAACUUUUCUUUGUGUGUUCUUUGUCUUUAGGUGGCUGCGCCCACCGCGAAAGAAAUGGAAUGGAAUGAAACCGUGUCUCAAAUAAAAGACGUCGUCAGAUAGGAA